UGACCAAUCAUUUCUGAUAGCACGCACAACUUAGAUGUUAUUGUAUAUAUUGUAUGAGGCUUUAUAAUGUUUCUUGAUUACUGCAAAAAAGUCGCAAUAACGGAUCUAACGUUACAAUUGUUUCAGCUGAAAAUAAAUUUCACAAUAUUACCAAAUAAAAACAAAUUUUGAUAAAUACCGUAAUAAAUAAUAAUAUCGUGAAUGAGCGUGAUGAGAUCAAGAUAUCCCGAAAAGAGCUGUAUAUAAACAAUGUGGAGUGAGACAAAGUGUUCUGUGUCAUCGGAUUAAUUACCAUUUAUUGGUGUGCAUGUUGGGCGUUCAGUACAGUCAAAACUAAACAGUGUGGUCAGGACGUGUACUAGUUCGAUUACAGUCGUAUGUUUUUUCUUUGAUAAAGUGUAAUAUGGAAAUAAAUUGAUAUAAAAAAUAUUCAAGAAUGGCAAUAGAUCAUUUCAAGCGGCGUUGUCCUUUACUUAAGCUGACGUUAAAUAAGCUGGUUAUUUUUACUACUACAUCAUGCAUUUUUGCGGCCGCCUCCGCAUCAACCGUCAAUGUCAGUACAUCCAUAAACAAUACUAGCUCCGGCAACGAGACCGAUCUCUCGGAACUUUUUCACUGGCAAGACUAUGGGGUACUUGCUGCUAUGUUAUUUGUUUCUUGUGCAAUCGGAGUAUUUUAUGGCUAUUGUGGUGAGAAACAAACGACGGGAGAUGAUUUUCUUUUAGGUGGAUCAUCGAUGGGAACUUUUCCCAUGGCUUUAAGUUUAGCGGCUAGUUUCGUAACUGCUAUCGAAUUAUUGGGCAAUCCAGCAGAAAUGUACAUAGCUGGGGCUCAGUUUUGGAUGAUUUGUAUUGCUUUUGUUCUGGUUGUUCCCAUUUCUAGUCAACUUUAUCUACCUGUUUUUAUGAGGCUACGAUUGACAUCAUGCUACGAAUACCUGGAGGUGCGAUUCUGCAAAUCUAUGCGAGUUUAUGCAAGCGCAUUAUACAUGCUUCAAAUGAUAUUGUACACUGCAGUGGCUGUUUAUGCUCCAGCUCUUGCUCUCUCGGAUGUAACUGGAUUAAAUACCUACGUUGCAGUAUCGCUGGUCUACGUAGUUUGUAUUUUUUACGCUUCCCAAGGUGGAAUGAAAGCAGUAAUCAUGACAGACUCUUUUCAAUCAGCAGUUCUUUUAGCAUCAUUAGCGACAAUAUUGGCUUUAGGUGCAAAUCAAGUGGGCGGACUUAACACAGUAUGGGAUUAUUCUAGACGUUCUGAUAGACUACACUUAUUUGAUAUGGACCCUGAUCCCACGGUGCGCCAUUCGUUUUGGUCAGUAGUUAUUGGUGGCACAAUGUACUGGGUGAGCAUGUUUUGCGCAAACCAGGCAUCUGUACAAAAAUACUUAUCUGUUGAGCGCAUAUCUCAAGCUAGAAUCGCUCUUUGGGUAUCUGCAAUUGGCUUGAUUGCCGUGUAUUCUGUGAAUUUCAUCACCGGCGCAGUUCUUGCCGCCCAUUAUGCUGGAUGCGAUCCAAUACAGGCUGGAGUUAUCAGUGCAUCAGAUCGAUUACUUCCAUUAUAUGUGGUGAGGGAAUUUGGAAAAUACCCCGGCAUUCCUGGCUUCUUCGUCGCAGGCAUUUUCGCGGCUAGUCUUGGUACUGUUGCAUCAGCCCUAAACUCUCUGGCUGCAGUCGCGUGCCAAGACUUAGCGAACGGCUUAUUAGGAAUAACACUUCCAGAAGAAAAAGGGGCAAUGAUAGCAAAGUGGGUCUGCUUGGCUUGUGGUGCUAUCUCCUUUGCUCUGGUUUUCAUAGUGGAACGACUUGGGCCAGUUCUACAAUUGGCGCUCUCAUUCAACGGCAUGGCCGGAGGGGUUUCCUUGGGUCUCUUUAGCUUAGGAAUGUUAUUCCCGUGGGCUAAUUCUACGGGUGCAGUGGCAGGUAGUAUUUUUGGGCUACUCGUAGUGGUUGUGGCGGGCGGUGGUGCACAACUAGCGCAGGUUCCACUCCCGCGGCUUCCUACAUCAACGGAUUCCUGUCCUGCUUACUAUAAUCUGACUACCUUAAGUAUAUCCCCAAGCGAAAACCAAGAUGAAGCAGUUUUUUGGCUAUUCAAAGUCUCAUACCUAUGGUAUUCAAGCCUAGGUUGUGUAGCUACAAUCUUAGCUGGAAUGGUUGUAUCAGUAAUAACAGGUGUAACGGAUCCCGCCCAUGUGCCAAUUGAUCUCAUUUCGCCACCCGUCAUAUCCCUAUUAAGCUCCUUGCCGAAAAAAAUAAAGAAAGCGUUACGGAUACCAACGCGUAUGGGGUUGGAAAGGCGGCGAAGUUCGAGCGUGCGGCCGCCAAGUAUUGCAGAUGACAAGGACACGAGACGGCGCAGGCGCCUCUCGGAAUUAGCUGGUGGUGUUUUUUAUAGCGACGCACAGAUCCUUACGCAAGGACAUGACAACCUCGCAUUGGACACAGAGAAAAGCCGUGACCAUAACCAUCGCACUAGCUUUAAAUUGGACACACAAUCAAGUCCUCAACUUUCUAGAACAUCUACUUGUUAAGUUUAGUAUAUUAGCGUAUUACUGUGUAAAGUAAUACAACGUACAGGUAUUCAACAAAUAAUAAAGGCAAUAUUCUUCCAGGGUACCUAUUUCCAAGAAACCAUAAGUUACAAAUUAAAUUAUAUAUAAAUAGUUAUAUUAUAUGUACCUAAUGAAAAUAACCAAAUUAAUACACUGUUAAUUAUUUAUAUUCCAUAAACUUAUGUACUUACUUUACUUAUU